CUUUGACUGCGCUUAAAGCAGAAAAUUUCAGAGGCUCGCUGAUCCAAUCUCUUGUUUAGCGAUUUCUAGUGCUCGUUAUUUGACUGCAGCAUCAAAUGGAGACGCAAGCCAAAUCCCUACAGCAGGUGGACUUAAGCCAUUCCAGUAAGGAUGGACUAUCCCCUGCAGUAGAUUUAGAGGCAGCUCUGAAGGAUUCCUCCGCUGCCCUUGAUCUGUUCCUGAACAACAGGUUUGCGGAUGCGCUGGCUCUUUUAAGACCCUGGAAGGAUCAGAGCAUGUACCAUGCAACGGGCUACAGCAGCAUCUUGGUGAUGCAGGCAGGUAUGACCUUUGAGCCAAAGGACAUGGAUGCUGCGAUGACGUCGCUGGGAGAGUCUCUGCAGACCUGCCAGAGAUUUCGGAAGAAAACUGGAAUAGUGGAGAGCUUGACCAACCUGUGGUACAGACAACCAGUUGAAAAUCUGACAGAAGAAGAGAUGCAUGCAGAACUGUGCUAUGCUGAGGUGUUGCUGCAGAAAGCUGCUCUCACCUUCCUGGAUGAAAGUAUCAUCAGCUUCAUCAAAGGAGGGAUGAGAAUCCGAAACAGUUAUCAGAUUUUCAAGAAUUGUCAGAUGAUGGAAAUUGCCACGAAAGAGGGGGGCAGUCAGAAGAGCACACACGUUCACUUCAGGGGCGGGGUCAGCAUGGGCAUCGGAUCAUUUAAUCUGAUGUUGUCCCUGCUUCCGGCCAGAGUCCUCAGACUGAUGGAGUUUCUGGGUUUCUCUGGAGACAGGGAAGUGGGUUUGUCAGAGCUGAGGGAGGGAGCAGCCAGCAGCAGCCUGCGCUCCAUCCUCAGCACCCUGACUCUGCUGAUGUAUCACCUCUACAUCACUGUGAUACUGGGUAUUGGUGAUGGAAACCUCACUGAGGCUGAAACUCUGCUGGAACCCUACAAGCAAAAGUUCCCUAAUGGAGCCCUCAUUCUGUUCUACACUGCAAGAAUUGCUGUGCUCAAAGGGAACUUCACCUUUGCCCAGGAGAAGUUCCUGGCAUGUAUCGCCUCUCAGGAAGAGUGGCGUCAGAUUCACCACCUGUGUUACUGGGAGCUGAUGUGGGCCUACUCCUUCGAGCAAAAUUGGAGAGAAGCUUAUCGAUACGCCGACCUGCUGUGCAAGGAGAGCAAGUGGUCCCAGGCCAUCUAUGUAUAUCAGAAAGCUGCCAUCUUGAGCAUGCUCCCAGAGGAAGAAGUGACUAAACUCAGAGAAAAUGUUGUAGAAUUAUUCAGACAGGUGGAUGGUCUCAAACUGAGAAUUGCUGGGAAGUCAAUUCCAACGGAGAAGUUUGCAGCAAAGAAGGCUCAGAGAUAUUCUUCCUCGAACCCUGUCAAACUUGUCGUCCCGGCACUGGAAAUGAUGUACGUGUGGAAUGGCUUCACAGUGGUCGGCAAAAGACCGAGGUUGAUGGAAGGCAUCUUGUCAACUUUGGAGAAAGCAGAGGAGCAGCUCCAAGAGGAUCCAAACCCAUCAGAGUAUCACCUGGAUGACCAGUGUGUUGUCCAGCUGCUGAAGGGUUUGUGUCUAAGAGAGCUGGGGCAUCUGGUUCAGGCUGAGAUCUGCUUCAAUCACGUCAUUUCCAGUGAAAGUAAUAUAAAGCAUGACAACUAUCUGGUGCCAUUCACCAUGUAUGAGCUGGGCCUUUUGUACAAGCAGAAAGGUGACAUCAGCAAGGCCAUCACCGUGAUUGAAAAUGCCAAGACAAACUACAAAGACUACAACAUGGAGUCAAGGCUCCACUUCCGCAUCCAUGCAGCUCUCAACACCAUGGGCUCCUUUGCAGCCAAACUUCCUCCUUCACGUACGCCGGCUUAAAACUUGACAGAAAAGAGAGUCGAACCCGACACAAAGUCCCUUGACAGAAUUACCGAAGUAGCCUCGGCCGGCUACUACGAAUACUCCGUACUGUACAGCUGGUUGGAACCAGGAUGAUAUAAAUGUAAAGUGAGAAUGUUGUGGAUGAAGAGUUAAGCAGGACUUACGUUAGAUGCAUGAAAGAAGAAGAAAGAAUAUCCUGGAACUUAUUGUACUCAACAUGUUUUCUUCCUUGAAGUCUCUGAAAUAUCAAGCUUCAGACAGCCUGACCUGCCUCGCUUGCUGUAAUCAAUGAGAUUUAAACAUUUCAAUAUAUUAAAGAUGUUGUUUGUAUAGA